AAUUAUUAUUCUAGCGAAUCCAGCCAUCUUGAAAAUAGCCUGCAAUGAGUAUAUAAUGAAAAAGUUUGCCAAUAACAAAAAAUUGAUAAAACUUCAAGACGCGCUCUCCCUUUUAACGAAACUUUAUAUCCUUUCGCCUUCCAUAUUAGACACUUGUCUUCACCAGCUUCACUCCCGCCUUCAGGCAGAGAACGUUGAAGAAAGAAUUCUAGUGACUGAAUGUCUCUGUUCUCUGGUUUCUGCCACUUUAUUGGCUAAACAGUUCCCGAACAUUUGGGCUUGCCUUCUGCAUCGAGCAAAAGACGUCGACGUGCGGGUCCGCCUCGUUCUUGUCAAAAAUAUAAAACAAGCGCUUCUCCGUCACGAGUUUUUAAAGACGGAUAUUUCCGAACUGCUCAGAGAACGCCUUCUUGAUCCUGACGACCGAGUUCGUGUCGAGUCCAUUCAGUGCAUAUGUGAUUCGCUUUUUGACAAUCGACUUGCUGUAACUGAAGAAACUUUGAAAGAUGUGGGGAAGCGCUUAUUGGAUAGAAAGAGCGCCGUUCGUAAGGAAGCCGUAAAGGGUUUGUCACGAUUGUACCACAAAUAUGUUACAACAGUUCUUGAGUUACCAGAACUCGUUCAAGCUACUUUGUUUCUUUGGAUACCAAACCGUGUACUUCGUUGCACUUAUUUAAACGAUGAACCUGAGAGUUACUUUAUCGUUGAAACUGUGCUCAGUAAAUUUCUUGGUAUUACCGAAGAACAAUCCAAUAACGAACAAGCAGUCACCGCAACUUUAUUCAUGCUUCUUCUUUUAGUGAAUGACAACAUAGCCAUGAAUGCUUUUCUAAAAAUAAUGAAAAGUAAAAAGGAGCUUUUGAUUAGUGGUAUUUUGUUCAGCCGCCUCGCCUCUUUCGUCUACGGUACUGAGACACCCAGUGAUAUGAAGUUUUCAGAAUUUAUUUCACCACUUGACAAACAGAAUUUGACCAACGUUUUAAUGCUCAUCACCAAAUUAUACCCCGAGCCGGCCAUAUCUUUCGAUUAUUAUGAGUUUUACUUAUCCACUUUAAACGAAGGCAAACCGCAAAGCGCAUUGGUUACCAUGAAACUUUUAACUGUUAUUGGCUCUGAACUUAAAAACAAAAACUAUGAUAUACAGUCUUUACUUGAGGCUAUUUUCAAAUUUAUUGGCAAGCAUUCACCAAUACUAUCAAAGUAUUCUAUCCUUUCAGCCAAUUCUAUUGCGCCUAGCUCUUUAGGCCUUAUAUUUGAUUCGUUAGUUGUGAGUUUAACGCACAAAAACGAUGAUGUUCUCAUGCUUGUUUCAUUAAACGAACUUUUAAAGUAUUUUUCUUUAUCUGAAGAAUUUAAAGACAAGUUAUACAAAAUAAAGGAAAUUUUGCAUUCGUUUUUAACGUCUUUUCCCGAUUCUUCUAAAAAGCUUGACUCGUUCGAGGAAUGUUCGGAUUUGUGCAAAUUGAAGGUUGUCAGUUUAAAAAUAUUAUCAAAGCUGGAAGAGCAGGAAACAUUCAAAAAGCUCUGCACAGGCUACUUCAAUACCACAGGUGAUUGGAUAAGUGACCAGAGCUGCCUGCGUUUGGAAGCCGGUAUUUGUCUUCUAAAACUAUUGGCUAGCUCAGCUAAGCGCUUCUCUUUUAAGGACCUCAUUAGUCUAUCUUUUCUUAUGAAGGACGAAUGUGAAGCUGUAAGAAGUGCGUUUAUUGGUAGUUUAUACAAAGCAUUGAUCUAUAAGAAGCGGCCUUUACACUACUCAUAUGCUUCACUUUUUGUGGUGCCAUAUAAGGACUCGCCCAGCGAAGAAGCGGCGAAGUUAUUGCCUAAAUUUGUCGCUAAUUUGCGCGCUGUUGCAUCCACUCAGCAACGAGAAGAUGGCUCCGUGCGCCCCGAAGUUUUGCUUCCGUUCGUUAUUGCUCUGAUAACAAAGGAAGAAAAGGGCGUCCAAGAAAAGUGCGUUGAGGUGUUUCUGAGUGCACUUAGUAACCGCACUGACGAGAGGCAAGCCAGUUAUAUUUAUGCUGUCACAGUGAAGAUUUCAGAAUAUUACCCAAAUCUACUUGAGCUCUGCAACACAGUUCUCAAAGAGCUACACAAGCACGCUGCCAAGUACACCAUAUGGCCUCCACCGCCUUUUGUAGAUGCUCUUCAUCUACCUGCACACGUGUUCGAUGAGGCGCUGGAACCGAUAAGUUCCACUCAGUUGCGCUCCCUUGCUGUCUCUGAAAGCAAAAGACUUUGUGAAUCUGAAUUGCUGAGCGUCCAAAGUAAAAAAGAAAAGUCAAUAUAA